AGGAAAAGGUGAAAAGAGAAAGAGAACAUCAGCUAAGGUACAAAAAUCUUCAGAACAAGUAAAGGAUGAUGAUGAAGAUGAAGAUGAAGAAGAGAGUGAGGAGGAAGAGCCUAARAAGAAAAAGACCAAAACUGAAAGCAAAGAGACUACAAAAUCAAAGGGAAGCCCCAAGAAAGUAUCAUCUCCUACUAAAACUAUGAAAGAAACAAAAAAAUCUCCGAAGAAGGAAAAACCAAAAUCUGAAAAGAAAGAAAGUGCAAAGAAGGAAACAAAGGAUAAAAAGAAAGAAGCUAAGAAAGACACCAAGAAAACAAAGAGUAAACCAGUGACAGUCAAAAUAACAGCAGGGAAAAGGAGCCCAAAGAAAUCACCCAAGAAAGUCGAGAAGCCAGUUGAUGAUGAUGAAUCAUCCUCAGAUGAUGAACCAUUAGCAAAGAAGAUCAAGAAACAGCCGCCUACUAAUGAAGAAUUAGCUAGUGCUGUAAAGGAUAUCCUAAAAGAUGCUGACCUUGAUGAGGUUACAGUGAAGUCCAUAAGCAAACAAGUUUUUUCGAAGUUUCCAGAAUUUGAUUUGAGUGAUAGGAAAGGUUUUAUCAAAGAAACUGUAUAUUCGGUAAGAACAUAA